AGGGAGUGAGUGGAAAAUAUGUGCAAAUGCCCCUGAAGAGAGGCACACUGAUAUUCUCUCAUUCUGUGAUUUAUCCUACCCAAGGAGAGCACCCCACUACUCUGAAGAACAGACGAGGGAGCCAUUGCUGGGAAAAUGCAGGGCCAGAGAGAGAAGAUAUUCAUAUUGAUCCUCGUUGCUGCGCUCUCUCACAUGGUGACUCCUCUGCCAAAGCAAAUGGACAUGGCUCCUAAUGCCGUGGAUGAGCAGUACACUCACUGUCGGCAGCAGAUGCUGGAGAAGGUUUUGGAAGGGGGUCUGCUGAAAGAAGAACUGAAUAGCAGUCCAGAGUAUAGUGCUGCCUGGGGGGUAAAGCAGUGUACAAAGUUAAUCCCGGGAGGCGUCAAGGAACACACGACUGCAUUGGUGGCUUACGACCAUGGGGGAAAUGCGUUCAGAAAGAAUUUCAACAAUGCAGUGGAGAAUCAAGGUGGGAAUGUCAAUGUCUAUAAUGGCAACUUCCAGUUCAAAUCCCUUCACUUCCUGCUGAUGGAUGCCAUGAGGCUUUUGAAGCCAAAUAACUGCCAAACUGUGUUUCGUGGCUCAAGCAAAAUGUAUGAGGCACAAGUAGGGUCAGAAGUGCGAUUUGGGAGGUUUACCUCAACCAAGGCCAAACGUUCCGACUCGGAGGAAGUUGCUACAGACAAUGGGAGCCUUUUCAACAUCACUUCUUGCACUGUAGUCAACGUGGAGGACUACACUUGCUUCUCAGAAAGCAUUGAUCAGCUGAUAUCCCCAGCAGAGGUCUUUAGGGUGGCUGAAGUAAAGAGUGUAAGCAAUGAAGAUCACGAGUACAGAGAGAUCGUUUUGACAAGUUCAAGGACUCACAGCAUUGACAGCGUCCGCGACUGUUACCUCUUCCCCAGAUCUCCUACAAGUAUGAGUCCUCCAUCAAUCAUCCCCACAGGCUCCUCUACUCAAUGGCUUGGCAGUAGUCUGUCUGUUCUUGUGGCUGUAUCUCUCUCUAUCUCCCUGAUCACCAGGACUGAUCAUCUCUGAUAAACAAGUUUUGAAUGCUAAUAGAUGCGGUAAAGAAGUCAAUGGAACUGAGACCAUGGGGGAUAGAAGAAGGACGACAGAUUAGCGCACAUUGAACAAAUCGGAUUUAACAAAAUAGAUAUUUGUCAAAUUGUAAUUUGUUAUUUAUUAUAACAUGCCCACAAUGUGGUUACUAAGUCUGAUUUGGAUAUAUUUUUCUGUUUUCGCUGCAUAACAUUUAGAAGUAGUCCCUUUUCAGGUUUAGAAGAAGUGACUGCUAAAGGCUAACUCACAUUCGUAUGAACUGGUACCAUAGAUAGCGUAGAGAAAUCGAUGGUGGUAGUCAAAGUCGUUUUUAACUGUAAUGCAGUUUAUUGGUGAUGAUGACAUGAACAUGUAUUGGGGUUGACAUCAAUACUAGCAUUAUACUCUGAUUUUUACCUCAACAUAGUGUGAUAUAAACAAUAGCCUAAAUGUAGGGUAAUUUUGCUGGUGGGCAAUGAGGAGAUUCUGGAUCUUUCCCCAACAGCCUCUUUCCCCCCAUGCGUUUCGAUGGCAUUUCCAUUGUUUUGGUCGAGUUUCAUUGACCUCUUUACCACGUCUAUUGAAAAGGACAAACACACUCACACAC